ACUUUUUUAACCAUAACAAACGUGAACGGAGUGUUUUCUAAAUUUUAUUUAAAAUAAGUAAUAUUUUAUAAACAUGCCUAAAGUUAAGUCUGAAAAAAAGAGUCGAAUACACAAUGAAGUAUCUAAACAAGGUAUUAUGUUCAAUAAGGACUUUGGGCAACACAUUCUCAAAAACCCCAUGAUUAUAACGGCUAUGGUUGAAAAAUCAGCAUUGAGACCCACAGAUACCGUUCUAGAAAUAGGUCCAGGUACUGGUAACAUGACGGUGAAACUUCUUGAACAAGUUAAGAAAGUUGUGGCGUGUGAAAUUGAUACCCGAUUAGUAGCUGAAUUACAGAAAAGAGUACAAGGCACACAUUUACAGUCCAAACUACAAAUCCUAGUUGGAGAUGUCUUAAAAACAGAGCUGCCUUUUUUUAAUGUUUGUGUGGCGAAUAUCCCUUAUCAAAUUUCGUCUCCCUUAGUUUUCAAAUUGCUUUUGCACAGACCGUUUUUUCGAUGUGCAGUAUUAAUGUUUCAGAGAGAGUUUGCGCAGAGACUGGUAGCCAAACCUGGGGACAAAUUAUACUGUAGGUUAUCAGUGAAUACACAGCUUUUAGCAAGAGUAGAUAUGAUAAUGAAAGUAGGUAAAAACAAUUUUAGACCUCCUCCUAAGGUAGAGUCAUCAGUUGUUAGGAUAGAACCCAGAAAUCCACCUCUACCAAUUCAGUAUUCGGAAUGGGAUGGUUUAACCAGAAUAGCUUUUAUUCGAAAAAAUAAAACUUUAGGUAGUUCGUUCAAACAGACCUCUGUGCUAGCCACACUAGAGAAAAAUUAUAGAUUAUACUGUAGUUUGGAUAAUACGAAAAGAAAGUUACGCUCUGAUGAUAUACCUGAAGAUUUUAAUAUUAAAAGCAAAGUUGAAAAAAUACUGACUGAAUCAAAGUUCAUUGACAAAAGACCCAGGACUAUGGACCUAGAUGAUUUUAUGAUGCUUCUCAAUGCAUUUAACAGUCAAGGAAUACAUUUUGCUUAGUUUAAGAUAAAUAUUAUUUAUAUUUAACAAUGUAUAAUAUAUUUUAAAAAU